CAAAAGUAUUAAUUUAUUAUCCUUUUUUUAACCUUAUUCACUUUAUAUAUAAAACAAAUUAAGAAAUAAAGAAACACGUAUCAAGAUUUACAACAAGGACAACAAGGACAGCAACAACAACAACAACAACAAGCGAAGAAGAAAAUGAAGUCUGUCAAUAUCUGUUUCUUUAGAAAUAUAUUCCGUGUUCACGACAACAUGUCGUUGUAUCAUGCAAUCCAGUCCAAGCCAGACACCCUAUUGCCUUUGGUGUGCCUGGAUCCACGAAUGAUGGACCUUUCUGCGCUCAACGGGCUACUCAAGACCGACUUUAAGCCCCCUACCACAUGGCACUACGGUAUCGAUCGAUGUUCGCGGUUUAGAACAAGGUUCAUAAUCGAAAGUAUCCUGGAUCUCAAGAAUAAUUUGCUAAAAAGGAAAAGUGAUUUACUGGUACUUUAUGGCGAGCCAGAGAAACUUUUACCAGAGCUCAGAGACUUUUUGGCCAAAAAAGGGCUCACACUUGGCCAUAUUCACACGCACAAAGAGUAUGCGUAUGAAGAACUGCAGACCGAACUCGCUCUAUCCAAGGAUUUCAAUAUCACAUUCCACUCAGAUACUACCAUGAUCCACCCUGGAGAUGUCAAUUUCACAUUUGAUAAGACCCCACGCGUCUUUACACCCUUUCGGAAACGGAUUGAAGCCAUGCCAAGGCCUGUCCGAGCCUUACUUGAGAUUCCUAAAGAGCUCCCGCAGUUCCCCAGCAGUGGACACGAAUUCAAAUCACCAUCUACAUUGACAUCAAGGUCAAGCUCAAGCUCAAGGUCAAGGUCGACACCUGCUGACAAUAGUGACCUUGAGAGUAUUUUGAAUAAGAUAUGUCCUCCGUUCGAGGCUGAUAGUCGGUCGGCGUAUCCAUUUUCUGGAGGGGAGACGACAGCCUUGAGCCGGCUUGAUUACUAUCUGUUUGGCACGGAUAGGAUUGCAGAAUACAAGCAGACCCGGAAUGGGUUGAUUGGUACUGACUACUCUACCAAAUUUUCGGCCUUUUUGGCACACGGCUGCAUCUCCCCACGGCUGAUUUGGCACGAAAUCGACCGGUACGAGUCCAUAUCUAAAAAGCCAGAGUCAGAAACGACAUCCAAUGGAAAUACGACAAAUGAUGACAACAGCCUGGGUACCUAUUGGGUCAAGUUUGAACUACUGUGGCGUGAUUACUGGAGGUACUUGUCAGCCGGGUUUGGAAAUCAGAUCUUCUAUCUACAUGGGUUCCAAAGCGUGGAAAAACUAGAACUCCUUAAAAAGAGCCCCAAAGAAACACCAAACCCAGCGUCAAAAAAGUACACUGGGGUCUGGCUCAAAGACAGAGAAACGUUUCAAAAGUGGUGUCAAGGUACCACGGGCGUGCCUUUUAUAGAUGCAGUUAUGCGAGAAAUGAAACUCACAGGAUUUGCUAGUAAUCGUGGUCGACAAAAUGUAGCUAGUUUUCUAGCAAGGGAUCUUUAUAUCGACUGGAGAAUGGGUGCAGAGUGGUUUGAAUCUUAUCUCACAGAUCAUGAUGUCUAUUCAAACUAUGGAAAUUGGCAAUACGUAUCUGGAGUUGGGUGUGACCCGCGUGAGUCAAUUAGACACUUUAAUAUCAUCAAGCAAGCAAAAGAUUAUGAUCCAAAAGGCAAUUAUGUCAAGCUUUGGUGUCCAGAACUCAAGAAUGUUCCUACUCAAAAGAUCCAUGCGCCUUGGAUUAUGACCGAAGAAGAGCAAAGGAGAUCUGGCUGUGUUAUCGGAAAAGAUUAUCCAAAGCCAAUAAUCAUUGUCGACGCAUGGAAGAAACAUUCUCUGGUCAAGGGUGGUUCCAAAACAAAUGGCAAUCCAAGUGAAACUAUUGCAGGCUUCUUUACAAAUCCCAAGAGAAAGCAAAGAAGGCUCUGAAUAUAUUAUAAACAGAUUUAUAUAACCACACCUUACACUGUAAAUUUGAUAAUGAAGCUUGACAUCAAAUAAUAAAAAUAAAAAUAAAAAUAAAAUAUUGGCUUCAUUGUGGCCAAACCCUCUUGCUUGU